GCCUGACAUUGAAUUUCUGUGUUAUAAAAGCGAUCCAUUGGGCAGAUUGGAGAGAAUUGUGCAGAAGAGUGUUGUGAAAUACAGUGGAAAUGCAGAAAUAUCUUGUGAUCGGCUUCGUGAUUGUGGCUUUGGCGUGCAAUGCCACAAACGUCGAUGGAAAGGACUGUGUUCCGCCUAAUAAAGCUAAUCCCAAGGAAUGCUGCCACUUCCCGCGUCCCAUCAAUGAUGAAAACUUCCACAAGUGCGUAGAGCAGUUUGGCAAGCAGUCGCACAGGAAUCUGGAGGCUGUUCAGUCCGGAGGUCCUGAGAGAGGAUGCUGCGUCUCUGAGUGCGUGAUGAACUCCACGGGCGCCAUUGUGGACGGCCACAUUGACGCGGGCAAGAUGAAGAGUAUGAUGAAGGAGGCUGCCGGCGACGCGGCGGCAGAUUGGGAGCCUGUGCUGGAAAAGAUGGCCGAGAAGUGCUUGGCCGAAGCCGAGUCAAAAACCGACGAGUUCGAGAAGAUCAUGUCUAUGCCGCCACUGAAUCCCGACGAUCGCGUCUGCAAUCCCAAAUUCGGCUUCCUGAUGGGCUGCUUCAUGAAGGAGCUGUACCAGAACUGCCCGGAAAAGAUCUUCCAGAAGGACAAGCCCGAGUGUGUGGAGCUCAAGGCGUACAUGGCAGACUGCCCGUACCCCAAGAAGAAGCUGGAACUGACCGAGGAGGAAUAAUGACUCUCAUCGCCACACUUUGUCUCUUUGCGGAAAUUUCAAAUAAAAAGC